AUGCUCAGUAAAGUAGACGUCAGGUCACUCCCCAAGCCCAUCCUCAGGGCCUGGCCCAGCUCGGUGGUCCCUCCCAAGAGCAACGUGAGUCUGAGAUGCUGGGCUCUGACCAGGGCUGCAGACUUUGCCUUCAGAAAGGGAGGAUAUCACCUGGAUCCCGUACAGUCACCUGAUCCUACAGAGAGCCACGCUGACUUGCUCCUCACUGAUGUACAGCACAGUGAUUCCGGGGAGUACACUUGUGAAUACCGUGAUGGACACCGGACUUCCCUGAGCAGUGAUGUCCUUCUCCUUCUGGUUACAGGAACUGUACCUAAACCUUCCCUUCAAGUCCACCCAGGACGUAACAUGACUGCAGGGCAAAACUUGACCCUGCAGUGCCAGAAGCCAGACAGUGUCAUUGGUUAUGAUGUUGCCCUUCUGAAGGAAGGAACUUCAGCACCCACACAGCAGCAGAAACCAGCAGGAAGUGUGGCAGAGUUCUUCCUUCAGACUGUGACCGUCAACGACACUGGGAACUACAGCUGUGUCUACUACCAGACAAAGGCCCCUUUCUGGGCCUCACGCCCCAGUGAUAGCCUUGAGAUCUGGGUGACAGGCACAAAUGGAGUCAUCGCGGUUGUCACCUUGUCCCUGCUCUUUGUCCUGCUCCUCUCAGCUGUCCUCGUCUGCAGACGCACUGGCCCCCGCUCCCCCAGGGAAUCUGAAGACGUGGUGACAGGCAAGUAA